GAGAGAAUAGUCAUCCCAUUCAAUAUCUCUCCCCUUCUUCUUCUUCUUCCUUUUCUGAUUUUAAUGUAUUUUCCUCUUCCUAUUACUACACUUUUUACCAGAUUCUUCUAGCCUAUCACCAUUUCUUCAACUUUCUUCUCUUUCUCUAUUGCGAAAUGGGUAGCCAAUGGAGGAAAGUGAAGGUUGCCCUUGGACUCAACCACUGCAUGUUGCCCACAGCAGGCUUAGACAACGAUUUGCCACCUGUUUCUUCAGCUCCGGCGACGGCGUCACCUUCAUCACUGAGCCUGAGGUUUUCUAAGAGUUUCAGCAGAUCAUCUAAGAAAAUAUGCACUAUUUGUUUGGGAACAAUGAAAAGGGGAGAUGGAAAUGCAAUUUUCACUGCGGAAUGUUCACAUUGUUUUCAUUUCCAUUGCAUUGCUUCUAAUGUGAAACAUGGCAACCAAGUUUGUCCUGUUUGUAGAGCCAAAUGGAAAGAUGUUCCCUGUCAGGGUCCAAAUUUAGAUCAACCUCCGGGAAGGGCUAGAAUCAGUCCCGAAGAUUUCCCUCAAGAUAACUCGAUGAUGACAGUUAUUCGUCAAUUACCUCCUCGUCCAGUCAUUGAUCAGACACCCGAGCCUGCUGUAUUUAACGACGAUGAUGUUUUGGAUCGCCAUUUUAACUUUGUUGAGAAAGUUGAUGACGGAGAUAUUAUACCGUCGACAAAAGUAAAAUUGAAAACAUACCCGGAAGUUCCUUCUGUUCCACGGUUAGUUUCUUCUGAUAGUUUCACGGUUUUGGUCCAUCUCAAAGCUCCGGUUUUGUCUCAUGGACAAGAUUCUUGUCGAACUGCUCGAACUUCUCGAGCCCCGGUUGAUUUAGUUACCGUGCUCGAUAUAAGCGGAAGCAUGGCGGGUACCAAGCUUGCAUUGUUGAAACGGGCCAUGGGCUUCGUGAUACAGAAUCUCGGUUCUGAAGAUAGGCUAUCAGUUAUCGCGUUUUCCUCCACUGCUCGACGCCUCUUCCGUUUGCGUCUGAUGUCUGACGCAGGAAAACGGCAAGCUCUUCUAGCCGUGAAUGGCUUAGCUGCUGGUGGAGGAACAAACAUCGCCGACGGGCUUAGAAAGGGUAGAAAGGUUUUGGAAGACCGGAGGGAACAUAAUCCGGUUUCGAAUAUCAUGCUCUUGUCUGACGGGCAAGACACGUAUAACCCUCACGGGUUUCGGAAUGUUCCGGAUUGUCAAGCGAGGGUUCCGGUUCACGCAUUCGGGUUCGGAACUGACCACGACGCGUUCGCGUUGCAUUCUAUCUCCGAGGCUUCGGGUGGAACGUUUUCCUUCAUCGAAACAGAGGCAGUUAUCCAGGAUGCGUUUGCGCAGUGUAUAGGCGGUUUGUUGAGCGUGGUGGCGAAGGAUGUGAAAGUUUCGGUUGAGUGUGUAGAAUUUGGGAUUCACGUCGAAUCGAUUAAAACCGGGAGUUACCCUCAUCGCGUGUCGGAAGAUCGACUUACGGGGUUCGUCGAUAUCGGUGAUUUGUACGCGGACGAGGAACGUGAUUUUCUCAUCUCGGUUAGCAUACCGGUUGGGGCAUCGUCGCUAUUUAAAGUAAAAUGCAAUUACGACGACCCUAUUAGGAAAGAAAACGUAAACGUGGAAAGCGUCGAGGUUAAAAUCGCAAGGACCGAAACGAAUGAAGUGGUGGUAGUAUCGUUGGAAGUUGACCGGCACAGGAUUAGGCUCGGGGCAGCCGAGGCUAUGGGUCGGGCACGAGCUGCGGCUGAAGAGGGUAACAUGACAGUUGCAACAUGUAUACUCGAGGACUUUCGGAAGUUAUUGGCAGAAACUGUUUCGGCUAAAGCUAAAGACGGGCUUUGCAUGGCGUUAGAUGCGGAGUUGAAGGAAAUGCAAGAGAGAAUGGGGAGUCGUCGAGUUUACGAGGCUUCUGGAAGGGCUUAUGUUUUAUCGGGUCUCAGCUCGCAUUCGUGGCAGAGAGCGACGACACGAGGAGAUUCGACGGAAGGUUCUAGUCUUGUUAGGUCAUAUCAGACUCGUUCUAUGACCGAGAUGUUAUCGCAAUCUCAAGCCACGUUGUUACAUAGGGGAAGAAAUCCCAUAUGAUUGAAUCUGUAAAAUGAAUAAUAUUGUUUUGUUAUAUGAAAGACUGAAGUAUAUGUAAAUCAAUAAAACUCUUUGUAUAAGGGGAAGAAUGAUUUUGUUAUUUGGGGGAGUUGUAUAAUUAUAGGUAUAGUAAGUAUUUAUUUCAUUCU